GCGGCAGCGGGGGACACCUGGAGGAGCAUUUCUUCCCCGGGUUUAUGAAUGGCACUGACAUGGAGGAAAUACCGUUUCAGAAAGUCAAGACCAAGAGGAAGAAGUGCUGCCACUGCUGCUGCUCCCCGCCGGCUGCCGCGGCGUCGGGAGCGGGAGCCGGGUUGGGAGACCCCCCUCCCUUGCUGCUGCUGGAUGCCAUCGCCUGCGAGGACGAGUUUGACUGCAAGGAGCUGGAGGCUCUCUUCCAGAGCUACAACCUGAAGCUGGAGCAGACGUCCACCCUCAAGGCGCUGGCCGUCCUCAUCGUGCUCACUGCCAGCCUAGCCCUGGUGGAGCUGCUCUCCGGCCCCAGCCUGACCAUCUCCAAAGGUUCGCACCCGGUGCACUGCAUCAUCUUCCUCUCCCUUUUCAUCGUCACCAAUGUCAAGUACCUGCAGGUCACCCAGCUGCAGCAGAUCGUCAAGCUCACCUUGCUCUUCAGCUUCACCUUUUCCUUCCUCUGCUGCCCCUUCUCUCUCGGCGCCUACGGCAUGGAGCCGCCCAGCGCCCCCGAGCAGGGCAUGUGGCAGCUCAUGCUGGUAACCUUCGUCUCCUACUCGCUGCUUCCCGUCCGGACGCUGCUGGCCAUCGUCUUCGGGCUGGUGGUGUCCGUCUCCCACCUCAUCGUCACCGCCACCUCCGUCAGUGCCAAGCGGCAGCGGCUCUGGAGGACGCUUGUGGCCAAUGCAAUCCUUUUUGUCAGUGUAAAUUUGUAUGGGGUCUUUGUGAGGAUUUUGACAGAAAGGGCUCAGAGGAAGGCAUUCCUUCAGGCCAGGAACUGCAUUGAGGACAGGCUGAGACUGGAGGAUGAAAAUGAAAAACAGGAACGUCUCUUGAUGAGCCUUUUGCCCAGGAAUGUUGCAAUGGAAAUGAAGGAAGACUUCCUGAAGCCUCCUGAAAGGAUUUUCCACAAGAUUUACAUUCAAAGGCAUGACAAUGUUAGCAUUUUGUUUGCAGACAUUGUGGGGUUCACUAGUUUGGCAUCACAGUGUACUGCCCAAGAGCUGGUGAAGCUGCUGAAUGAGCUUUUUGGAAAAUUUGAUGAAUUAGCUACAGAAAAUCAUUGCAGAAGAAUAAAAAUCCUAGGGGAUUGUUACUACUGUGUAUCAGGAUUGACCCAGCCCAAGACAGAUCAUGCCCAUUGCUGUGUUGAAAUGGGACUGGAUAUGAUUGACACCAUCACAUCUGUUGCAGAAGCCACAGAGGUUGAUCUUAACAUGAGAGUUGGAUUGCACACAGGCAGGGUGCUUUGUGGGGUCCUGGGUCUCCGAAAAUGGCAAUAUGAUGUCUGGUCAAAUGAUGUGACAUUAGCUAAUGUAAUGGAAGCUGGAGGACUGCCUGGGAAAGUUCACAUUACAAAGACCACCUUAGAGUGCCUAAAUGGGGACUACGAGGUAGAACCAGGAUAUGGUCAUGAAAGGAAUAGUUUCUUGAAGAAGCAUAAUAUUGAAACAUAUUUUAUUGUGCCAUCCCAUCGUAGGAAGAUAUUUCCUGGGCUGAUUCUCUCAGACAUUAAGCCUGCCAAAAGAAUGAAGUUCAAGACAGUCUGCUAUCUGCUGGUUCAGCUCAUGCACUGUCGCAAGAUGUUCAAAGCAGAGAUCCCUUUCUCCAACGUCAUGACGUGUGAGGAUGAUGAUAAGAGGAGAGCAUUGAGGACAGCCUCUGAAAAACUCAGGAAUCGCUCCUCUUUUUCUAACAAUAUUGUACACAACACUCCGGGAACUCGAGUGAACAGAUACAUCAGCCGCUUGAUAGAGGCCCGCCAAACUGAGUCUGAGAUGGCUGACUUGAACUUCAUUACCCUGAAGUAUAAGCAAAUCGAGCGUGAAAAUAAAUACCACCAGCUUCAGGAUGAGUACUUCACCAGUGCUGUAGUUCUCUCACUAAUUCUAGCUGCCUUAUUUGGCCUUGUCUACCUUCUAAUAAUACCACAGAGUACCAUAGUUCUUGUUCUCCUGGUGUUCUGCAUAUGCUUCCUAGUGGCUUGUAUUAUGUAUCUACAUGUCACACGAGUACAAUGUUUUCCAGGGUGCCUGACAAUACAAAUUCGUACCAUUUUGUGUAUUUUUAUUGUGAUCUUAAUAUACUCUGUGGCUCAAGGCUGUGUGGUUGGCUGUAUGCCUUGGGUUUGGAAUACCAAUUCCAGCAGCUCAAUAGUUAUUAUUUCUCCUGGUGGAACAAAUAAAACAAUGAAUGAACUUCCAUGCGACACAGCCCACUAUGCUUUCCUUUCCUGUGUAGUGGGGACUCUCACCUUGGCAAUAUUUCUACGUGUAUCUUCCUUGCCAAAAAUGAUUCUUCUGCUUUUUGUUACAAUUUUGUACAUACUUAUUCUGGAACUCAGUGGUUACAGAAAAGCAGUGGGGGGCGGCUCCUUUUAUAUGCGUGGCUAUGAACCAAUACUAGCUAUUUUGCUAUUUUCUUGUGCUUUAGCACUGCAUUCAAGACAGGUGGACUUGAAACUGCGUCUGGACUACCUCUGGGCAGUGCAGGCAGAAGAAGAGAGAGAUGAUAUGGAGAGAGUCAAGCUGGAUAAUAAAAGAAUUCUUUUCAACCUGUUGCCAGCCCAUGUUGCACAGCACUUUCUUAUGUCUAAUCCAAGAAAUAUGGACCUUUAUUACCAGUCAUAUUCACAAGUGGGAGUGAUGUUUGCUUCCAUCCCAAAUUUCAAUGAUUUCUACAUCGAAUUGGAUGGCAAUAAUAUGGGAGUGGAAUGUUUACGCCUGUUAAAUGAAAUUAUUGCUGAUUUUGAUGAGCUUAUGGACAAAGAAUAUUAUAAGGAUAUUGAAAAGAUCAAGACAAUUGGAAGUACAUAUAUGGCAGCUGUGGGACUUGUACCUACUUCAGGAACUAAGGCUAAAAAAUCAAUUUAUUCCCAUCUGAGUACACUGGCAGAUUUUGCAAUAGAGAUGUUUGACGUUCUUGAUGAAAUCAACUAUCAGUCUUACAAUGACUUUGUCUUACGAGUUGGUAUUAAUGUUGGGCCGGUAGUGGCAGGUGUCAUUGGAGCCAGAAGACCACAGUAUGAUAUCUGGGGGAACACUGUGAAUGUUGCCAGCCGGAUGGAUAGCACUGGAGUGCAGGGAAAGAUCCAGGUGACAGAAGAAGUUCAGCGGAUAUUAAAAAGAUGCAGCUAUGAAUUCGUGUGCAGGGGUAAAGUCAGUGUAAAGGGAAAAGGUGAAAUGUUGACCUAUUUCCUGGAAGGAAAGGCUGAUGGAAAUAAUUCCCAAACACGGUCUUUAAACUUAGAGCGGAAAAUGUACCCUUAUGGGAGAGCAAACAUUCAAACAAAACUGGGCACCAGCUGCCCCUCAGUGUCCUCAGUUGCUAGCUUUACUGUAAAACCUGGUCAUGGAGCAGGUCAAGCAUCUGCCACUCACACAAACCAAACACUGCAUUAUCUUCCUUCUGUGCCAGCUGUGAAGGAGGCAUAGAACAAAGGAGAUUUGGUUGUGCCACUUGCAGUGAGCACGGAGAGCAAUGGUUGCCUGAAUUCUUACUAAGAAGUCAGAGGUCAUAGGCCAUGUCAUUAACGAAGGACCACUACAACCCAACCAAAGAGAACUUGGGGACUGUGUAAUGAACUCUUGGGAUGGAAUAUAUAAGGGCUAGCAAUUCUGUUAUGAAAAGUCAAAACGGGAUUUUCUGGAAAUGAGGCAUAUUUUCUUGGCAUUUUUAAACAGUAAAUGAAAAAAAUUAGAUAAAUGUGCAAGCAAUUA